UCCCUUAUCCCCUCUUUUACUUGCAUCACUCAAAAUCUCUCAACAAUAGAGGUUUUCCAAAGUCAUGCACUAAAAUUGAUAACUUACCUCUAACACAUGGUUUGUGUAAUAACCAGUAUGGUAUGGUAUCCAUAAGCAAAAGCCUUUAGUUAAGGAACACCAACCAAGAAUCACAUGUGCACAACUUCUAGUGAAGGAUAUGCAUGUGUUCCAGUAUUUAUCAUGCACAUUCAUUUUAAGGACUUAGUGAUGCAAUAUAAAGCAUAUUCUCCAUAUUGUUAUCCGACAAGAUAUUUUCUUUUUUCAAACAGAUUCUUAAUAACAAAGUAACACCCUUUAUUUUCUUUAUCAUAUCAUUACAGCUUGCCCCUCUUUCUUUUUUGACACCUUUUUUCUCUCCUACCCACUCAUCAUCUUUAUCUAAAGCUCUUCACUAUGUCUUUAAAACACACCUCCUGUAUGUAUCAAUCACACUGAUAUCCAAACCAGAUCACUACACACUCUCUCUGAUAAUGGCCAUGGAAGCUUCUUUCUACCUCUUUUUUCUCUCUUCUCUCUUAAUUUCAUGUUCUGGAUCUUUGGUAGGUUUUUCCUAUCAUGAGAGAGGAGACACAUGGAAAUCAUUUCUUCAGCCGAGCAAAGUUUCUUCGUCUCAGAUUCGAGUUUUCGUCACAGAUCAUAGAAUUUCAAGCACUCUUACCAACUCAAACAUGUUAGUUGAUCUAUACAUAAGCAAAAGCCAAGUUGAAAAUUUCAUUACUUCAAAACCUUCAACAACUUCUGAACUAAAAGCUCAACUUGUGAAUUUUCUUCCACGUUCAAACAUCAAAAGCAUCACUGUUAGCUGUGGAAGUGAGUGUUUACUCCAAAACGAGAUACCUUUGAUUAUGCAUUCUCUUAAAUCAAUCCAUUCAAUUAUCAGAGAUCUACACAUAGGUAAGGAAGUAAAAGUCUUAGUAGCAUUUCCACUUCAAUUCUUAAGGAAGUUGAAUCCAUCACAAGAACAUGGAAUUCGUAAGCUACUUUCAUUUAUAGAGGAAACAAAAUCGUCUGUGAUGAUAGAAGACAGCAUUGAUGGAGAAUUAAGCGCGGAGGAUCAUUUUGUUCAAACUGUUAUCGAGCGAGCCGCUCUUGCUGCUUCUGUUCUUCCUUGCAAAGAUGCUUCUGUGAUUCUAACAAUCAAGAGUUCAGUUAUACCAAGUUCAGUAGAAUUAGCCGAAUUUAGUAAAAGAGUAUCGAAAUAUUUAGCAGCGAGAAGACCUAUUGCGAAAAGAAUAGCUGCAUUAUAUGUAGAACUGCGUAAAACAGAAGAUUUUUCAAUGAAAGAGCUCAAAAGGGAAGAAGAGAAAGAAAAUUUUCCAUUGUCUAGAAGAGAGAUCUUAAGCAAAUUCCACAGAAGAAAAACUCUAGAUAACACAAACAGUGCAACAAACACAGUUUACCCUACAAAUCCAACACCAAAUCCAACACCAGUGAUCACACCCUCAGAUACACCAACCAUUAUAGCGGUUCCUUCCACGAAUCCUGUCACGAUUUCCCCUACAAAUCCGGCUGCAAUGCCUGUAACAGUUCCUUCUACUACACCUGCCGUUCCUUCUACUCCACCUGCUGUUCCUUUACCUCCAACAAAUCCAACCAAUUCACCAGUUCCGGUAUUCAAUCCAGCUACAACGCCUUCAACAGUCCCAGGUGCACAACCAGUAACCAACCCGGUAACGUCUAAUCCACCUCCAUCGGGAAAUGUUCCUGUUCCUGUCACAAACCCUCCUUCAAACACAAAUGCUCCUUCCAUUCAGGGACAGAGUUGGUGUGUGGCGAAAUCAGGUGCUCCACAAGCCUCCCUUCAAUCAGCAUUGGAUUAUGCUUGUGGAAUGGGUGCUGAUUGUUCUCAGAUACAGCAGGGUGGGGCUUGUUACAGUCCAGUCACUUUGCAGAGUCAUGCUUCUUUUGCUUUCAAUAGUUACUAUCAAAAGAAUCCAGCUCCAACAAGUUGCGACUUCGGAGGCGCUGCCACCUUGAUCAACACAAAUCCAAGUUCUGGUUCUUGCAUUUUUCCAUCAUCAUCGUCGUCGUCGUCGUCCUCAACACCGACGAUAUCAUCCCCAACACCACCUACACAAUCAACUUCAACUUCAAUACCGCCACCAAGUCCAAUAACAACUGCACCAUCUAUUACAACAAUAGCUCCACCAUCUAUUCCAACAAUAGCUCCACCAUCAAUUCAAACAGCUCCAUCAUCAAUUCCAACGGCUCCACCAACAUCUUCAGGAUCAGGAACAGGCACUUUCGGCUAUGGUACCCCACCUUCAGUGUUAAAUUCAAGCAGCCCAGAUUCAGGUACAGUGCCAGAUUUUGGGUCCGAUAGCCCUCCUGUUGUAAACACAACGUCUGCCGCACACCCUCGAGCUCUAAAAUCUUUUACUGGCUGCAUAAUUUUGAUGAUUCCAUUUGUCACUGCCAGACUCAGCAUGCUACCAUAGUGUUCAGAAACAGGUUUUCCAUUCAAAUCAUCAUACUAUUACUAUAGACAUUUGUUAGAGUUGCGUUGCAACAUUACAUGCUGCAGUGUUAAGGUCUAUAGGUGCAGAAAGACAAUAGGGUAACAAAGGAAGAGAAAAGUGUGUUCGUCCAUGUGCUGCUUUCUUAGGUUGUACAAUAUAUCAUGGUAAAUAUUGGUCAUGUAAAUAUAUUUUGAGAGCUUAGUUAAUUUUCUUUUGUUUC